UCCCACAACAACAAAGUUUGAAUGGGCGGGAAUCAGUGAAAUUUUCAUAGAAGGCAGUGUUGAGUGUAAAUAAUGAGUGACAGACGCUCCAAAACGAUUCAACGCGUCUCAUAAGUUUCUAUAAAAGUUCGAGAUGAGCGGUAAAGGAAGAGCUCAAAUGAUGCAGCAGGGGUGGUACCACCACUCAAUGGCACAGCAAGCUCAAGAGGCGUUAGAGGACGAUGAUGACGAGGAAGAAGAGGAAGAUGAAGUGAGCCAGAGUGAGACUGUAGACUACAAAGAACAAUAUAAGCGGCUCAAACGGAAGCUUAAGUACCUGAUUUAUGAAAAUGAGUGUUAUCAAGAAAAUCUUAGAACUUCAAGAGCUAAGUUAUUGGAAGUUGCUAGAGAUAGGAGUUUCUUACUGGACAGACUAUUGCAAUAUGAAAAAGUAGAUGUUUCAUCAUCAAGUGAAUCGGGUGAAGAUACUGAAUCCUCUGAUGGUGAGGUAGAGUUACCUAGGCAAGAUAUCAAAAGGAGAAAAAUGGAACAAAGUUCCCAUGCUCAAGCGCCAACUACUCAUAAUGCUGGGGCACCAGUGGUGCAAAAACCCCAAGCACCCUCCAAAAAGAAGAAACCAGCCAUAAAAGGCUCUAAACAAAGCUUAUCCAGCGUAAACAUGGGAUCACUUAUAAUACCCUCAAUAUCACCUGCUGUGUCAGCUCUGGCUCCAGACGGCCACAUGACCCCUGAAGAAGUUGAGAGGCAUUUAUCGGCUCGUGGUCACUCAUUCAUGGGACUGUUGCCUGAGAGAGCACCACCCACUGUUCCAACCGAAAUGUUUAGUAAUGAGCCUUCGUUAGACAGUGAAUCAAAUGAUCUUGGAGACCUGGAGACAUCACCUAGCAAUCUUGGAGAGGACUGCCUCAGUGUAGAUAUGCUUGGAGAUUGAUCUAGGCUACUUUUAGUUAAUAUUAAUUAAUUGUUUGUAUGGAUAUUUCCCCCUUUGAAAAUGUGAUGUUAAACUUUACAACAACUGGACUUGAUUAGACAAAUUCAUCCUUCAUUUUAGACUGUAUGUGACAUUGUGACAAGCUGGUUAAUGUUUGUGUGUUUUUCAAUUGUCUAGUAUUUACUCAUCCCUGAAAUCCAUUGUGAUGGUUGAAGAUUAAAUAAUGCUUUACAGUUUGA